UAAAAAACACUUCUAAAGGAUAACAAGAAACAUCUGAAGAUCAAAACCCUACGGCACACACUCUGGUGAAGUCUUUGCAGAGGCACUACAUUUCCAUUUCCCUCUCUCUCUGUCUGUAUUCCAAGGAGAGAGAAGAAGAAGAAGAAGAAAUUCAAUGGCAGCAACGACAGAGGUUGAGAAGAAGAAUCUAGAAGAGGAGGCCGAACAAGUAGUUAAUCCAUGGGAGGUUUCUUCGAAAGGCAAAAUCGACUACGACAAACUCAUCGACCGUUUCGGUUGCCAGAAGCUCGACGACGCUCUCAUUUCGCGUCUCGAACGCCUCACCUCGCGCACGCCUCACGUCUUUCUACGACGCCAUGUUUUCUUCGCCCACCGCGAUUUCGCGGAGAUUCUGGACGCGUACGAGAGAGGCGAUAAGUUUUACUUGUACACCGGGCGCGGACCUUCCUCCGAAUCGUUGCACUUGGGACAUUUGAUUCCCUUCAUGUUCACUAAGUAUUUGCAAGAUGUGUUUAAGGUUCCUCUGGUUAUACAGCUCACUGAUGAUGAAAAGUUCUUCUGGAAAAAUCUUACUGUAGAGGAGUGCCGAAGACUAGCAAGGGAGAAUGCAAAGGACAUCAUUGCUUGUGGUUUUGACAUUUCAAAGACGUUCAUCUUCUCUGAUUUUAAUUAUGUUGGCGGUUCCUUCUACAAGAACAUGUGUGAGGUUGCAUCACGUGUGACUUAUAACCAGGCAGUUGGCAUUUUUGGUUUUGCUGGGGAAGAUCAUAUUGGAAAAGUUAGUUUUCCGCCUGUGCAGGCAGUUCCAUCAUUUCCCACUUCAUUUCCUCACCUAUUUUCUGGAAAAGAGAAUCUCCGUUGUUUAAUUCCCUGUGCAAUUGACCAGGAUCCAUAUUUUAGAAUGACGCGUGAUGUUGCUCCUCGAAUGGGUUUCAACAAGCCAGCUUUGAUUGAAUCUUUAUUCUUCCCUGCAUUACAGGGGGAAACAGGAAAAAUGUCUGCCAGUGAUCCCAAUUCUGCAAUAUAUGUGACUGAUUCUGCAAAAGAUAUAAAGAACAAGGUAAACAAGCAUGCAUUUUCUGGUGGGCAAGAUUCGGUUGAGAAACAUAGGCAAUUGGGGGCAAAUCUUGAGGUUGAUAUUCCAAUCAAAUACCUGACAUUUUUCUUAGAAGAUGAUGCUGAACUUGAACACAUUAAGAAGGAAUAUGGAGAAGGGCGCAUGCUAACGGGUGAGGUGAAGCAACGGCUAAUACAAGUCUUGACUGAAAUAGUGGAGAGACAUCGUAGGGCUCGGGCAUCUGUGACUGAAGAGAUGGUGGAUGCAUUUAUGGCUGUCAGACCACUUCCCUACAUGUUUGACUGAAGUCUUCCUCCAUUUGUUUGCCCAAAAUUGCUGAGAUCUACUUGUUAACCGGGUCUUUCUUUUUUUCUCAACAUGAAAAUGGGUUUUUUAUACUACGGUUUUGUUGGAUAGACUUGCUAUCAUCAAAAUUUGUACCAUUUUUUACUACAAUCUCACAAUUAAAAUGGCAAGGAGCUUGGUUCUUUUGAGUUAUACGAAAGGAAAAAAAUGAUUAGCAUUGGAAGAUCGAGUUUGCAGUUUAAUUAGGCUCGAGUUGGUUAACCUAUGAAUGAAGUUCUAUAAAAUGCCAUAAUAGAUUUUGUAUUUAACAUUA